AUGCCGAUUUUGCUGAAUAGCGUGUUUGGUUGGGUGGUAGCUGGAACGCAUUUUACCGAAAGCGAAGCUAACUUAACUGCUGCAACUCAUCAUGCUACCGUUAACAUUGAUGCGCUGUUUCGGUCAUUUAUGGAAGUCGAGGAUGUCAAACCUACACCAGAAAAGAUCAAUAUGGCAGAUCCAGCAGAGGCCCAUUUUGUUCGUACUCACACGCGUCGUACUGACGGUACCUACGUAGUCAAAUAUCCCUUCAAGGAAAAGGCACCGGCAAUUUCAUCAACUCUUUCGCAAGCUGUCACCAGAUUACAAUAUAUGGAACGCCGUUUCAAACGUGACUCAUUUCUGAAGAGUCAAUACAUAAAUUUUAUGCGUGAGUAUUUGUCGCUUGGCCAUAUGGCCCGUAUUACGCCGCAGGAAGUUGACUGCCAUCCAUCGGAGUGUUUUUAUCUGGCUCAUCACGCAGUUCUCAAACCAGACAGCUCAACCACGAAAUGCCGAGUCGUAUUUGAUGGAUCCUGCAAAGAUUCUGGUGGCUACUCACUUAACGAGCGUUUGCAUAUUGGCCCACCCAUUCAGCGUGAUUUGUUUGGCGUGUGUAUUCGUUUUCGUCAGCAUCGUUACGUUUUCUCAGCUGACAUAGAGAAAAUGUUUCGCGGCAUUAUGGUAUCAGAUUCUGAUACUAAAUUCCAACGAAUCGUUUGGCGGAAGGAUGCGGGUUCACCAGUGGAGCAUUACCGACUACUCACG